AGGAUUUGUAUAUUAGUGUGAUCUUUUGAAGCGGGAGUGUGCAUUCUUAUAUUCAAAUUUUUUAUUGUAUAAAAUUUCCUUGUGAACAAAUUAUGGAAAAGAAUCUGUGGAAUACGCUGCAGGAAGUCGAGCAAGUCGAGGUUGCUUUCAAGCAGACCUUGAGAAACAUUACCGAUAUCCAGAAUCGAUACAAAACGGUAUCGGCCUUGAAGAGCAAGGCCUCCAAGCGCCAGGAAUCCUUCGAGGCGGAGAUCCAAGGUGCCAUAACAACAUCCAAUCCUGCCAAGAAAAGAGUGGUCAAGAAGAGCAAGAUCAGCAUGGGAAAGAAGAGACGGGUCAUAAAGAACAAGGCGAUUGUCAGGACGAACCAGAGGAGUCUUCUGCCAAAGUCAAUACCUAAUCUCAGAUCGGAAGCUAUCCUGCAGGUGGAGGAGCCCUAUGUGUGUCUCGAAACAAACUGCGUCUACGAAAUUCACAAGACAACCACUCACCUGGUGGCGCGGAAACCCUAUGGAGCACUCAUCCGGCGACUGUAUCGGUCAGCCAGGCUGAAGAGGCUGUACGAUCAGGAGCAAGAUCAGGAUGAGGAACAGGAGCUGUAUCCAGACUUGGAAUGCUACCACUGCUGCUGCUCAGCGUGUUGCAUAGAGUGCAGAUAAAUUUGUUCGUGAUUGUAUCUAGCAUAUUUUUGGGCUUUCACAAAGCUUCAAAGUUUGUAGCCUGCCUUUUGUGUGAUAAUAAAUUGUACUUGUCCAAAUGAACAG